CUCUUUCCUGCUCUUACUUUUUUAUUCAUUUUACUCUGUUUUUUUUCCAUGCGAAUUGAGCUUGCUAGGGCAUUUGGGAGCCUACGUCUCUGCUAUUUCUCGUAGAAAUUAUGAUUUUUUAGGUUCUUCAAAUUGUCAGAAGUUUUACUCCAUAAAUUUGGGUUUUCAGGGAGUUUGAUUUGAGCCUGAGCUGAGAAUAGGGUCUCUAGGGUUUGUGAUCGUGGAGCAAGUGAAAAGCUAGGGUUUUCGGGCAUUUGUUAAAUGUUUAGGUCUGAAAAUUUAUGGUUCUUAGGGUUUUGAUUAAGGCCUGAAGUGUGAGGUGAUUUGAAGGGGAUCUGUUUCACUGGUUGCCAUGGGAAGAGCAGUUGUUUCAGAUGAUGAAGAUGAGUAUGACGAAGAGGUAGAUAGAAUAGUUCAGGAUAAUGAAGCAACCAAUGUUGAUGGAGGAGAUGACGAUGAAGAGGAAGAAGAAGAGGAAGGCCCAGAUGAAUAUGAGAAGGAUGGAUUUAUUGUAGACGAUGUUGAAGAUGAGCAGGAAGAAGAAGAGGAGAAAGAAAGGGAUCAUAGUGAUGAGGAUUUGAAAGCAAAGAAGAAGAAAAGGAGGAAAAGGGAAACUGAGGAGAAUUAUGAGCUCGAUGAAGAUGACUAUGAGUUGCUCCAGGAGGCUAAUGUUACUGGCUUCCGUCGCCCCAAACCUGGAAGCAAGAAAUUUAAGCGAUUGAAAAAAGCAGGGAGGGAUACUGAUCAAGAAGAAAGAACCCGAUUUUCUGAUGAAGAGGAAAUUGAGGAAGGCGGCCACAGUGGCCGAACUGCAGAGGAAAAACUCAAGCGCAGUUUGUUUGGGGAUGAUGAAGGAGUGCCUCCUGAGGAUAUUUCUGAAGAUGAGCAGCAGGAAGGGGAGGAUGAUGAAGACAUUGGCGAUGAAGAUGAAAUGAGAGAUUUCAUAGUGGAUGAAGAAGAAGUUGAUGAGAAUGGUUUGCCUGUGAGGAGGAGAAAACCAAAGAAAAAGGUUUUAAGACAGGCACCUGGGGUUUCGUCAUCUGCAUUACAAGAAGCCCAUGAGAUAUUUGGUGAUGUUGAUGAACUUCUGAGGUUUCGUAAACUAGGGCAUGGGAAAGCUGGUGAUGGGUUUGAUGGAGUGGACGAUUCUGUUGAUGGAAAGCCAAAGCGGCUCGAGGAUGAAUUUGAGCCUAGCAUUCUUGAGGAAAAGUAUAUGACAGAGAAAGAUGAUCGCAUUAGAGAAGUUGAUCGCCCUGAAAGGAUUCAGCUAUCUGAAGAAAUAACUGGUCCUGUUCCAACUGAUGAGGAAAGUAUAACUAAAGAGGCUGAAUGGAUUUAUAGUCAGCUUGUUGGCUCUGCAACUGGACCAUCACCUGUUGGGUUUCAACAUAUCAUGAGGUUGGACAAGGAUCACAUCACUGCAGAGAUUGCGAAUGUCAUAGGAAUGCUACAUGUUCAAAAAUUUGAUAUUCCUUUUAUUGCGAUGUAUCGGAAGGAGCUCUGUCUUGACCUGUUGAGAGAUCCAGAGGAAGAAGUUCUAUCAAAUGAGGAGAGGGACAAAUCCGAUAAGGCCCCCCCUUUGAGGUGGCAUAAGGUGCUUUGGGCCAUCCAUAACUUCGACAGGAAGUGGCUUCUUCUUCAAAGAAGGAAAAAAGCUCUUGCUGUUUCCUACAGCAAGCGUGCAGGAGAAGAAGCCAGAAAUGACAACUCAAAAAAGGAACUUCUCGAAUCCCUAAUAGCAGCACUCGAGAAAGCUGAAUCAGAGAGAGUUGUGGAUGACAUUGAUGCCAAAUUCAAUCUGCAUUUCCCCCCUGAUGAGGCAGAGUUGGAGGAAGGACAAUUCAAGAGACCAAAGCGAAAAUCAGAUUAUAGCCGUCUUCGCAAGGCUGGUCUAGCUGAGGUUGCUUCCAAGUUUGGGGUUAGCCCAGAGAAGCUUGGUUGGCUUCUCAAAAACUGUCGUGCAGAUGAAGUGGAUGAUGCUAGGGAAACACCCGAGGAGAUGGCUAGUACAUUUGUGGGCAUUGACUUUUCAUCUCCUCAAGCCGUCCUCAAAGGCGCUAGGCAAAUGGCGGCAAUUGAGAUCUUUUCUGAACCCUCUGUUCGAGAAUAUGUCCGUAAUGUGUAUAUGGAGUAUGCCCUGGUGUCAACGAGGCCCACUUCCGAUGGAAACACAGUCAUUGAUGCUUUCCAUCAGUUCUCUGGUGUAAAGUGGUUGCGUGAGAAGCCCAUAUCCAAGUUUGACGAUGCACAAUGGCUUCUCAUUCAGAAGGCGCAAGAAGAGAACCUUCUUGAUGUUACAUUUAGUCUCUCUCAGAACUCUCUGAUGGCUGAUUUUGAGGAGAAGUAUCUCAGUGAUGGGGUUAGCCGAGCUGCUCAGCUUUGGAAUGAGCAGCGCAAAUUGAUAUUGCAGGACGCUUUGAAGAAUCUCCUCCUAUUAAUGGAAAAAGAAGCACGAGCUCUUUUGACUGCUAGAGCCAAGAACUGGUUGCUAUUGGAAUAUGGCAAACAAAUCUGGAACAAAGUCUCUGUUGGCCCAUAUAAGAGGCAGGCAGAUGACACUCAACACAAAGAAGUGGAUGCUGAUGUUGGUUUUGAUGAUGAGCCAGCACCAAAAGUCAUGGCAUGUUGCUGGGGUCCUGGAAAACCACCUACGACUUUUGUGAUGUUGGAUUCGUCGGGAGAAGUAUUGGAUGUAUUGUAUGCACCCUCCUUGAGUGUGCGCUCUCAAAGUGCUGCGUUGCAGCAACGCAAGAAGUUGGACCAGCAACGUGUUCUGAAGUUUAUGACAGAGUACCAACCCCAUGUUGUUGUCCUAGGAGCUGUUAAUUUCUCAUGUACGCGCUUGAGGGAUGAUAUUUUUGAGGUAAUUUUUAGUAUGGUUGAGGAGCAUCCUAAAGAAAUUGGUCAAGAAAUGGAAGGGAUAGGUGUGGUAUAUGGAGAUGAAUCUUUACCUCACCUCUAUGAGAAUUCUCGUAUCUCCUUGGAUCAGCUACCUGGACAGCAAGGUAUUGUUAGGCGUGCUGUGGCCCUUGGACGUAAUUUGCAAAACCCAUUAGCCAUGGUGGCUACUUUAUGUGGUCCAGGACGGGAGAUAUUGUCUUUGAAGCUUAACCGUUUAGAGAACUUUCUUACACCUGAUGAAAGAUAUGAGGCAAUUGAACAAGUAAUGGUAGAUGUCACCAACCAAGUUGGUAUCGAUAUAAACUUGGCUGCCUGCCAUGAAUGGCUCUUCUCUCCUUUGCAAUUUGUUUCCGGGCUUGGACCAAGGAAGGCUGCAUCUUUACAGCGAGCAGUAGUUAGAGCUGGGAGGGUUUUUAGUCGCAAAGAAAUUCCAUUGAAUUUGAGAGCUCUCAAACAAAAUGUUUUCAUUAAUGCUGCUGGAUUUUUGCGAGUGCGAGGGAGCGGGCAGGCAGCUUCUGGUAGUUAUGUGAUGGACGUACUGGAUGACACGAGAAUCCAUCCGGAGUCAUAUGCAUUAGCCGAGAAAAUGGCAAAGGAUGUUUAUUUGGCUGAAAAUGAUGAUGAUGCCAAUGAGAUGGAUGAGGACACACAAGUUAUGGCAAUUGAGCAUGUGAGAAACAGGCCAGAGAAGCUUCAACAGCUUAUAAUCAGUGCAUAUGCUUCAAGCCACGAAGAGCAAAAGCUUGAGACCCUGUAUGACAUUAGGUUGGAGUUGCUUCAUGGGUUUCAAGACAGGCGCACUCUUUACAGAGAACCAACUCCAGAAGAGGAGUUUUAUAUGAUUUCUGGGGAAAGUGAGGACACUCUCACAGAAGGGAUGACUGUGCAAGCAACAAUUCGGAGAGUAAAUGACCUGCGUGCCAUUUGCACUCUGGAAUCUGGUUUGACUGGACUGAUUAAUCUGAAUGAACUCCCAGAUGAUAAAGAUAUGAAGUUGGAUGAAGGCAGCAUAAUAACUUGCAAAAUCAAACAAAUUAAUAAAACUUUGCAUAAUAGAAGCCAUGUUAUCUUGACAUGCAGGGGAAGGAAUGAUCUCAUAUUAAGUUCACGCAAACGGGACCCCUAUUAUUCAGAAGAUGAGAGUAUUUUGGCUAGUCAGGAGAAGGCUCGCAAGGAGAAGGAGGAACUGGCAAAGAAGUCAUUCAAGUCAAGAAUGAUAGUUCAUCCUCGCUUUCGAAAUAUCAGUGCUGACGAAGCCAUGGAGUUCCUUUCGGACAAGGACAUUGGUGAAAGCAUUAUACGUCCCAGUUCAAGAGGGCCAAGUUAUUUAACAUUGACUCUCAAAGUGUAUGAAGGGGUUUAUGCUCACAAAGACAUUGUUGAAGGUGGUAAGGACCACAAGGAUGUCACGAGCUUGCUUCGUCUUGGUAAAACUUUAAAAAUCGGGGAACAGACAUAUGAGGAUCUUGAUGAGGUCAUGGAUAGAUAUGUGGAUCCCCUUGUGACCAACCUUAAGACCAUUCUCAGCUACCGGAAAUUUAAGAGAGGCACCAAGUCAGAAGUUGAUGACCUUCUAAGAAUGGAGAAAUCGGACUACCCCAUGAGGAUUGUGUAUAGUUUUGGGGUUUCGCAUGAGCACCCUGGCACCUUCAUACUGUCAUAUAUUCGAAGCACUAACCCUCACCAUGAGUACAUUGGCUUGUAUCCUGAGGGCUUCAAAUUUCGGAAACGCAUGUUUGAUAGUCUUGAUAAGAUGGUGGCUCAUUUUCAGAAGCAUAUUGAUGAUAUUCCGAAUGAUUCAGUCCCGCCCAUUCGAUCGGUGGCUGCGAUGGUACCGAUGAGGAGCCCUGCUACUGGUGGAUCGAGCGGGGAUGGUGGGUGGAGGGGGGGUCGUUCGAGCUUUGAUAGGGAUCGGUCUUCGACACCCGGCUCAAGAACAGGUAGGCAUGGAAACAAUGCUCGUGAUGGCCACCCCAGUGGUGUUCCAAGGCCCUAUGGUCAAGGGAGGGGGCGAGGAGGGAGAAACGAUGAAGGCAACGAUUCUGGCUAUGGCUCUUCCAAAUGGGGUUCAGGUGCAAAUGAUAGUGGAGGUGGCUGGGGUUCAGGAUCAAAGGAUAGUGGUGGUGGCUGGGGAUCAGGAUCAAAGGAUACUGGUGGUGGGUGGGGAUCGGGAUCAAAGGAUACUGGUGGUGGGUGGGGUUCGGGGUCAAAGGAGAGUGGUGGUGGUGCUUGGGGAAGCCUUUCUGGCCAUAAAUCAUCAGAAUCUCCAUCACGAGAUGAUCUUCAGGCAGGUGGAGGAUGGAGUGGAAGUGCAGGAGGUGGCAGAAAUAGUGAUUGGGGGGGUGGUGGUGGUGGUGGUGGUGGGAGUGGAGGAAAGGGCUCAAGUAGUGAUUGGGUAGGUGGUGGAAGUGGGCGAAAUAGUGAAUGGGGUAGUGGUGAAAGUGGGCAAAAUAGUGAUGGGGUUGGUGAUGCUGGAAGUGGGCGAAAUAACGAUUGGGGUGGUGGUGGUGGUAGUGGAAGUGGCCGGAACAAUGAUUGGGGCGGUGGUGGAAGUGUAGCUGGAGGGAAGGGCCCUAAUAGUGAUUGGGGUGGGGGUGGGGGUGGGGGUGGGGGUGGAAGUGGAGGUGGAGGGAAGGGCCCUAAUAGUGAUUGGGGCGGUGGUGGAAGUGGAGGUGGAGGGAAGGGCCCUAAUAGUGAAUGGGGUGGUGGUGGAAGUGGAAGUGGAGGUGGAGAGAAGGGCCCUGAUGGUGAUUGGGGUGGUGGUGGAAGUGGAGGUGGAGGGAAGGGCCCUGAUGGUGAUUGGGGUGGUGGUGAUUCAGGUUGGAAUUCAGGCAAGAAAGGGGGGAGUAGUGGGGCAGCGUGGCCAGAGUCUGGUGGUGGUAAUAGUGGUGGUGGUGGGUGGAAUGCAUCUACUACUACUAGUGCAACCAAUGUUGGUGGUGGUGGCUGGGCUUGAGAACUCUUGGUUUGAGGCAACUAGGAGAAAACUUUGUGCUCUUUCCUUCUCGGUCUUUCCUUCUGCUGUUCUCUCUUCUUGUGUUGUUUUUCUUAGUGUAUCUUGUCUCUUUCCUUGAGGGGAAGUUCUUCCACAGUUGGGUUCUUAUUUGGGAGAGGAAAAUGUACUUUGGUAAGAAUGUUUAAUUUGGGAGACUUAAUUAAUGGCCCUCUUGUUCUUCUUACCAGGACUCUUACUAUGUACAAAACCUACAAAGAAAAUGGAAAAAAAAAAAAAACACAGGAAGUUGCUGGGAAAUCUACAGUAAGUCUCUGACGUUAAGGUGUGAUUCAUAAUUCUUGCAUGCGAUCAGUCCCCAGAAAAGUUUAAGUGGAAAGUGGAGCAUGUGACAGAGCCACAAUCGAUCGGUUGUUGGUAAAAAUCUUUUGUUUUUUCUUUCAUGAGUUUUUGUGUUUGUACAUUUGACUUUCACAAAAAAUGGUAUGUAAAUGGAGCCCAUAAGGGGUGAAUGAUGAAUGAAUUUCAUGAUGAAGUUGUUGA